GACUAUCAAGAAGCUUCUAAUUUGGAGCAGUUUGUGACUCGCUUUCUUUUGAAGGAAACACUGAACCAGCUUCAGUCCCUCCAGAGCUCCCUGGAGUGUGCCAUGGAAACCACAGAGGAGCAGACUCGGCAGGAGAGACAAGGCCCAACAAAACCAGAAGUGCUCUCAAUUCAAUGGCCAGGAAAACGCUCAGCUCGAAGGCUUCAGAGGAACAACAGUCUGUUGCCUAAUAGCCCUCAUUUUAGCACAGGUUGGACUGAGGAAGACAGCCAGUGGAUGACCCAGAUAAACAGACUCCAAAAGCUGAUUGACAGGCUGGAAAAGAAGGACUUAAAGCUUGAGCCAUUUAAAGAGGAAGUUUUGGAAGAAAACGCAAGAUCUCACAUAAUGAUUGUUCAACGUCAAAUGUCUGUGAUAGAAGAAGAAAUUGAGGGAUUCCGGCUUGCUCUGAAGCAGUAUGUGGAAUCUGCUUCUGCUCAGGGAGGCUGCUUGCAUGUUUCCAUACAGAAGCUUCCAAGUGAUUCCCGCUUCAUUGUUUAUGAGUUCUGGGAGAACAGCAAUGCCUGGAAUAGUCACCUUCAAAUGAAUUACAGCAAGACCUUCCAAAGAAGUAAUGUGGACUUCUUGGAAACUCCAGAGCUCAUCACAACAAUGCUAGUCCCUGCAUCGUGGUGGGUCCUCAAUAACAACUAGAAGCUGUGGUUCCAAGUCAUGUUAAUGUUGCAUUGUUUUUCACUACAAGAACAUUCAUAUGGCAGUGUAGAGGUGCGCUGGGUUAUGAAUUUAUGAUAUGAUACUGUUUGUUAUUAUGGAUGUUAUCUUUUCCAUUUUAAAAUAUGGAAAACUGCACAUUUAUUGCCUUCUCUUCUUGUGACUAGAUCAGUGAAAUGAUGCAUUCU